AUGACAGAUUUGGAAGCUACGGUAAAACGUAGAGAUCUUUUCUCUUUCAUACGUUAUACUAUGUAUUAUGCUGCUAUGUAUUCCUUUCACUUGGAACGUCGUUUACCUCAUCUGUUCUGUGGUCUGGGCAUUUUAGUGGAAUUAAUAUUUGAGUUAUUUCUCUAUUUUGUCACGGUUCAUAUUGUGAUUUUAUACAUGUGCACCAUCUAUUUGAAUUAUCACAAGGGAGACUUGGAAUUGCUGGUCAAUUGUUUAAUACAAACGAUUAUUUAUUGGUGGACCAUCAUUAUGAAAUUGUACUUUCGUCGUUUGCAACCAAAAAGUCUAGAGGAUUUAAUUGAUUUUAUAAAUUUAAAGUACAAAACACGUUCGGCCAUUGGAUUUACGUACGUGACUAUGGAUGGCAGUUUGGCCAUGUCGAAUAAAUGGAUUAAAACGUAUGUCUACUGUUGUUUCCUUGGCACCAUAUUUUGGCUUAUUUUACCCAUUGCCUAUGGCGAUCGUAGUCUACCGUUAGCCUGUUGGUAUCCAUUCGAUUAUAAGCAACCGUUCAUUUAUGAAACGAUGUAUUUUUUUCAAUCUGUUGGUCAAAUACAAGUAGCAGCUGCUUUUUCUGCCUCAAGCGGUUUCCAUAUGGUAUUGGGCAUUCUAAUAUCCGGACAAUAUGAUGUUUUAUUUUGUAGUCUAAAGAAUAUUUUAGCAACUGUUGCUAUCAAUAGAUGUGCAACGAAAAAAGAAUUACGAGAACUAUAUGAACUACAGGAAUUCGCUGCACCUGAAAUCAACGAAUACUACUGUUCCAAGGAAAUAACCUGCGACAUUAGUACUUUAGUUCGCGCUAACACAAAUAACGAAGGACAAGAUUUUCGCCAUCACUUUCGUAAUGCUAUUAAGAAAUGUGUUGACCACCAUCGUUAUAUUGUCGAUUGUUUAAAUAAAAUGGAAGCAUUCUACAGUCCAAUAUGGUUUUUCAAAACGGGUGAAGUAAUAUUCCUAAUGUGUUUGGUGGCAUUUGUGUCAGUGAAAUCCACUACUGCUAAUUCGUCGUUUAUGAAAGCUGUAUCGUUGGGUCAAUAUUUAGUGUUGGUCGCCUGGGAAUUAUUGAUUAUUUGUUAUUUCGGUGAAAUGAUUUAUAUUAAUAGUCAACGCUGUGGCGAAGCUCUAUUGCGAAGUCCCUGGUAUAUUCAUAUGCGUGAAAUGAAAUAUGAUUUUCUAUUAUUUCUACUCAAUUCGAAAAGACCAUUUAAAUUGACAGCUGGCAAAAUUUAUAUCCUAAAUGUUGAACGUUUUAAAGGUGUUAUAACAACAGCGUUUUCAUUUUUAACCUUAUUACAGAAGAUGGAUCAACGCGAUGAAUGAGCAUCAUUUGCGC